AUGAAAUCCACAUCUGGCAUCUCAUUGAGGACGGUAUCUAAUUCUGAUUUUAAGCACUCUACUUUAAUAAUUCCUUCAAUCUCAAUUGGAAAUGUACCACAAUUUGCUGUAGACUUGUUGAUUUACACACAUAAAUUGAGGUUAGUUGACAGUUUGGAUGAUUUAUAUUUAUAUCCAUUUGCUUCUCCAAUCGAUUAUGUGACAAAACGUGAACUGGGAAUUUCCCAUGCAGCUGAAGUCUAUCAUAAUAAAGAUUUAAAUUUAACAUUGAUUCAACAACGGGCACCCAUUAUACCAAACCAUACCGAGUUAUACGUGUCUAAAAUUAUCAUUCCCUUUAUCAAAUCAAACGAAUUCGAUAGAAUAUUAAUUUUGGAUUCUCUGGACGCUGGGUUGGUAGAGCAUGUAUCUAGUGGUGAUAUUGAAUUGUACACUAAAGAAGAUUUGUUGAGUGAAUCAUUGGAAUCGAUGAAAUUGAGUAAAGAAAAAUCUACCACAAAUGAACAUGAAGACAAUCGCAAUUCAAAAUAUGUCAGAUGCCUUCUUGAUAGUUUUCAUUUAUCUAAUAAUGGAACUGAGAGUCAUGGAAAUGAGUUUAAAGAUGUUGCAAUUAGUCUUUUGGUUAGUUAUGUUUAUGAAGGUGACAACUUAUACGAUGGUGAAAAUUUGGCAAACAAAGUAAAUAGUGUAUUACUGUUACCAAAGGUUGAAAAGUGGGUGAGACCAAUAAGCUGGUCUGGAGUAUAUGGUAGUAAACCAGUUCCUAAUGCUAUGGAACAAGGCUUGUAUGGUUGA